AUGACAGCCAACAACACCCGCACAGCUUCCGUUCACGACUACAAGGAGGUACUUCUCGGAAUCACGGGCAAGGACUUCACCCUCAUCGCAGCUUCGAAAGCUGCGAUGCGCGGCGCAACCGUUCUGAAGGCGACCGACGACAAGACGAGACAGCUGAACAAACACACUUUGAUGGCUUUCUCUGGAGAGGCGGGCGACACAGUGCAAUUUGCCGAGUAUAUCCAAGCCAAUUCCCAGCUGUACACGAUGCGGAAUGAGACGGAUCUUUUACCCUCUGCUGUUGCCCACUUUGUUCGUGGCGAACUAGCGUCCAGUCUACGGUCUCGGAAGCCCUAUAACGUCAACCUCCUCCUGGGCGGGCUUGACCCCAUCACCCACAAGCCCGCCCUGUAUUGGAUAGACUAUCUAGCAGCACUAGCACCCGUGCCGUAUGCCGCUCAUGGCUAUGCUCAAUACUACUGCCUCUCCAUCCUCGACAAGCACCAUCACCCAGAUAUCACCCUCGUACAGGGCAUCAAGAUCCUGAACAUGUGUACUGACGAGCUGAAGAGGCGAAUGCCCAUCGAUUUCAAGGGGAUGACCGUCAAGGCGGUGACCAAGGACGGCGUCAUCGACAUAGAAUUUGACGACGAUAAGAUUGUGAAGAGCGCUUAA